CACAGUUUGGGGAUAGACUAAAAAAAUCUGAUAUAUUCUCAACACUACACGGUGUCUUAUAUCUGGCUGAUGAUGUUUUCUUUAAUUUCACUCAGGUCUUUGCUCAUCCCGAACGUUAUUCAUUGGACGAAUUUUGGAUAUCUUCAUAUAUUCAUUAUGUAAACCUUACAAGUGGAAAACUGGGUGCAAAAGAAUUGAAAAAUCAUUGGUGGCAUUACAGAAACGGAUGGCAACGUUUUCGUAAGUUGUUCAACACAGAUUUUCCAAAUGACUAUCGAAACGUAUUCAAGAUAUUGUAUGGUCCCGACAAUGUUUUGACAUCAAGUUAUUCAGAUGUAAUUUAUAUUCCUUUUGCUGAUAAUCAAUUACGGACGUUUGUAAAAAUAGUUGCGUUAGUUAUGUCCUUAUAUCCAGAAGUAUUUUGUGAAGUUAUAAUAACGACACUCGUUGAUUUAUCUAGUUCAUUAUGUAAUCACUGGCCUUAUCAAAACGAUAGAGCUAUUUAUAAUUCUUCUGUUAAUGUAUUGAAUAAUCAUACGAACAUGAAGCGAUCAUAUUAUAGUCCCGAUCCCUACAACGCAAGUAGAUACAAAUAUCGUCCGUGCUUACUAAAUCCUGACGGAUAUAUUUGGGAACCAUACCGAAAAGCAUCUGAUUUGUUCAGAAUUGCUGUUACUACAGGUACAUUUCCAACGUACCACUAUAACUUACCCAAAAAUGAAAACUGGUUAGAACCUACAGAAUUUUAUCAUCCGUUGAAAUUGUCGAAUCCAAAUAGUUGGGAAUCGAAACUUUGGAAUGAUGCCAUGGAAAUUCAGAUAUUCAAAUUCCAUCGUCUACAGAAUUGGAAGUUAAACAGAACUGGAGUAGCAUGA